AAAGUUUGUUGACUGUUGGAAUGUUGACACCAUUUUAAAUAAAUAGUCCGGAAUUAAUACAUACAAUUAAAUCUGUUUGGCUUGAAAUCACAAUAUCUAAAAUUAAGUAAUGUUUAAUAAACGUAGUUGAAUGUAUUGAAUAAAAAAUAAACAUUCAAAUGCUUAAAUUAAAUUGUUACCAUAGCGACUUACCAAAAAUAAAUUUUCACGUCACUUACAAAAAAUGGCGUCGGCAGGGUAAGAAGAAAUAAAUGAAUAAAUCAAGCAGUGCCAAAGUCACAUUGAUCAGCCAGCUAGAUUAGCGAUUUAAACUUAAUUACACACAUUCUUACUAACAGUGGAUUUUAUAAUUUGGAGAAGCUAUAAAUCUAAGUGCAAAAUUAAUGUAGGAUCAAGAUUUUCAAUGAAAGAUUUGAAACAUGUGUAAUCCAAAGAGCACCACAUAAACUUUUGUAGCACUAUGCCAGUAUCUUCUGCUGCUUAUGACAGUUAUAGGCAUGGGUUCAACACAACUUACUCAACUUCAUAUGGAUCCAGCUCUACAUCUGUCCCCAGAGUCUCCUCUACUGGCAGGAAGACUAGCCUUACUAAUGGCUACACGUCUACCACAACAAGCUACAGGACACGCCCAUUGCCGUCUGGCCCAGGACCACUAGAUUCUAGUGGUCGGAAACUGUCAAGCUUUAAUGUUCCGUCUUAUGAAUCUCGUCGAAACAGAACCCCUACUGGGGUUACUAUGCGGAAUGGUCCAUUAAAAGCUGAUCACACAACACUUGGCACUUCAAACAGGUUCCUUACAGACACAGCCCCCUCUUCUAGAACCACUUACAGGGAUCACAGCAUCACUAGAGAUUACACAAGCAGCCGCGACAGCAGCAUUAUCCGUCCCUUGCCUGCUAAACGCCCAGAUGGUAUUCUAGGAGAUCUGACUCUGUCAAGGCCACCCAGUGGUUCCAACCGCCCUCGUAAAACAUCUAGCUUGAUCAACUUGUCCAGCCUAAAUCUAGACUCAGAUGUAAAUACUUCAUCAAAUAGGAAUCGAGGCACCAGUGUGUUUAAUGAUCGGGUCACCUCAAAUUCUUCGUCUAGGAAUAGUAGUUAUAGAGAUGAUGUUUUAACCCAAACUUCUCAUCUUGAUCGGAGUAGAGGAGAAGCAUCUUCAAGGUCACGUUACACCCCUAGCAGAGAGUCUAGCCCCAGUUCAGGGUCUAGGUAUGUCAAGGUCACAGUGGACCAUAAUGAGUAUCCAUCUAAGUCUACACUGAGCAACCAGAGUUCCAGCAGCUCAAUGUCUAAUGGAUCUAGCUACAGUAGCUCAAGCAAUCCUAGUUCUUCUGUGAAUCAUCAGGCUUCUAGUGUCAAGCACAGAGAAGGUGGCAAAGUUGGACUUAAAAAUCUGGGAAACACGUGUUUUAUGAAUAGUGUCCUGCAGUGUCUAAGCAACACAAGAAUGCUUUUAGAAUGGUGCCUGGAUGAUAAGUACAAGAAGGAAAUCAACACCACAACAAGCAAUAUGAAGGGCAGUCUGGUCACAGCUUAUGCUAACUUAAUGCAGUCAAUGUGGAAAGAAAAGGGAGACACUGGUGGAGUCUCACCUAAUGCUUUUAAGACUCAGAUACAGAAAUUUGCACCUAGAUUUAUGGGAUACGCUCAGCAGGAUAGUCAAGAGUUUUUGAGAUACUUGUUGGAGGGAUUACAUGAAGAUGUGAACAGGGUAACCAAGAAGCCAGCACCAAUUAUUCUUGAUGAUGGGCAGCUGGAGAAGAAAGUAGAUAGUGGUAAGGCAAAAGAUUACUGGAACGCAUAUCUUAAUAGGGAUGACAGUAUGAUUGUGGAUAUUUUUGUUGGGCAACUUAAAAGUGAGCUGAAAUUUUCUUCAUGUGGCCAUAGGUCUGUGACAUUUGACCCAUUUUGGGACUUGUCUGUCUCAAUUCCUAAGAAUCGUCAUGAACUCAACUUGGAGGACUGUAUCAAAUUGUUCAUGAAGGAAGAAGAAUUAGCUGCUGAAGAAAGACCAAUGUGUACAAAAUGUAAAAGGCGUCAGUCUUGCACUAAAAGUUUUUCCAUUCAACGAUUUCCCAAGAUACUUGUACUUCAUUUGAAGCGCUUUAGCCAGGAAAGAUUUGGUAGAAAAUUGACCACACAGGUUGAUUUUCCAACAGAAGGCCUUGACCUUACAGAGUUUGCUGCUGAAGGUGUGUCAGGUGGAAGAAUCCUGUAUGACCUUUAUGCAGUGUCAAAUCAUUCAGGUGGUACCAGCUCAGGACAUUACACUGCCUAUUGUAAAAAUCCUUACUCAAAUGAAUGGCACUAUUUCAAUGAUUCUAGGGUUACAAGCGCUCGAUCCAAUGAAGCUGUUUCUUCUGAAGCGUAUGUCUUAUUUUAUAAGCUAAUGAAGUAACCACUCAGUAGCAGAAGUAAUGGUGGAGAUGAAUAUUCAAAGAGCUUGUUACAGCUGGCUACAUACACUUUUAUAAUGGUGGAUUCCAGACUAACUUUUUUUUAAGUGGUGGAUUCCAGACUAGUAGGAAGCAUUGAGGAUAUUUGCAUGUAUGGAACCACAAGAUUAGUUUAACACUUCUGAAUGAACAAACCAAAGAAAUGACAAUGAUACCGUCUUUAGUUCUGUUUCAACAUAUCAUUUGUUUAUUAGGAGCUGAGGGAUUUUGUACAAAUUAAUAGAAUUUAUCAGAGAAGUUUUUAAAUAAGUAUUCAAGACUUGAGAUUUUAUUAUUAAAACCUGCUUAUUCCUAUUUUGAUAAUAAAUUUGCAUGAGCCCCUUC